GAUCUCUUUUAGUCACAGAUUUCUCUUGGUCACUAGUUUUGCAACAAAAGUUAUAGACGCUCUCACGGCGCAAUUUGAAGACCCUGAAUUCAAUUUGGAGGUUUUUUUUCUACCAAAAAAUGAUGCAAGUUACAGGAUGUGAUGGUCUUGACUAUAAAAACCAACGUAACAUCAGCACACAUUGAUCCUCAAGGACAAACAGAGACACUUGGUGGCACUUCAACAAAAGUUUGUUCUGUUGUUUGAACUCUUCCUGUACAGGCCAACAUCCUUUCUUGUUUCUCAAGUGUGAGCUACUUUUAACACAGAGUUGCUUUAAAAUGAGUAUAAAGUAUUCAAAGUUAUUCCUCUUUGCAUUAGCUAGCAGCCUUUGCCUUGUCAUAUUCUAUUCCAAGCUAAAGGAUGUGGCGCAUUCUCAAAGAGACUUGACUGAAAUUCCUUUAGUAAAAAUAGCCAUCCUUCGAAAACCCACCGCUAUUGUAAUUACACCUGUCAGAAAGAAAUUCAUUUCACCAAAUAAACUCUCACCACUCAGGAUUUCCGAGAGUUUCAGAAAUUACAUUCCAAAAAACAGUGCAUUCUGGAACAGAAAACUUCAUUCUCUCCUCAGGCAUUAUGACGUAGCUGAAAAUGAAACCCGUGAGGACCCACGUAGCAGGUUUCGCUGUCAGCCCGAGAGUUUUGAGAGACUGCAAACAAACAUUCAGGAUGUUAAGUCAUACCCACUACUCUAUGGGGAUUUCCUGAAAGGCAUGGAAUGUCGAGAUCCACAAAUUCUUAUCGAUCAGCCUGGCAAGUGUGCUUUGGAGAGGGAAGAGGAUCAGAUUUUCCUUCUCUUUGCAAUCAAAUCCACCCCAAAGCACUUUGAGAGGCGUCAAGCCAUUCGGGAGACCUGGGGAAGAGAAGGGUCAUAUUAUAAUGGAGUGCAGGUGCGAACGGUCUUUCUGUUGGGUCGAUCAUCUGUGGAUGAUCCCAGUCUGGACAAACUGGUUGCAUUGGAGUCUCAGCAUUUUCAAGACCUUCUCGUUUGGGAUUUUCAGGACUCCUUUUUCAACCUGACUCUCAAGGAGCACGUGUUCUUCAAAUGGAUGCUUGAUCGUUGUCCUCGCAUAUCUUUUGUUUUUAAGGGCGAUGAUGAUGUUUUUGCCAACACUCAAGCAAUACUUAAUAAUUUGCAAUCUCUAGACCCUGCACAGGCCUCAUUGUUGUACACUGGGCAAAUCAUUGAGCAAGCCAUCCCCUUACGAGAUCCUAAAAUCAAAUAUUAUGUGCCUCAAUCGUUCUAUGAAGGUCCUUACCCUCCUUAUGCUGCUGGUGGUGGUUUUCUAUUUUCUGGAAACCUAAUUCCAUCACUUUACCAUGUUUCCUUCUACAUACCCUUCUUUCCUAUUGAUGACGUCUACACAGGCAUGUGCUUCAAAGCACUUGGAAUCAGUCCAGUGAAACAUAAUGGUUUCAGGACAUUUGACAUUCGGGAACAAGAUCGAGAGAAUGCAUGUGUACACCAAGACUUGCUCCUGGUGCACCAGCGCAACCCUCAGCAGACCAUGAGACUGUGGAGGAAUAUGCACAGCUCCAUGCUGGCCUGCUGAAAAUUCAUUGGUAGUCUGUCAUAGCACACUAAACCCUUUUUUUUUUUUUUUUUUUUUUUUGGACAAUUGGGAUAAUGCUUGACUGAGCAUCAAAAAUGCUGAGUGGGGUUUUCUAAGGUCUAUGGAUGAAGGCUUUUUGGGGGAUAGUUUCCUGCUGGGUGGAGGUGAAUUUGCUGUGUUACUUUUCAAGUUUGUACUUGAGAGAAAAUAAAACCAAAUCUUUGAUCUAAUGCAAUGUUUUCAGCAUGGUGUCAACCACUAGUUUUUACAUUUCAGUGCAACAGUACAACUUGACUUUUACAGGUUACCUUAGACAGGCCAAUCUCAUAAAUUACUGUGGUGACAUUUUUGCUAAAUAUUUUUUGGUUUGUGACGUGUAUCACGGCAGUUUCCGAGGUAACUUGUCCACUGAGGGGGUUUAAAAAGAGUUCAAUUCUCUCCCGAACUGAUGAGGUUUGUAAGGUUAAUUUUCUAUUGAGAAUUAAAUCAACUAAACCUACCUCCCUACCCUAAACCUGAAACUUAAACCUAACUGAUAGUGUCAUGAAAACCUCAACUGCUAAAGAAAAUGCUUCGAGGUAGCUACAGUAUGUAAAAAAACGAAAUUGUAAUGUGCUGCUCAAAAGAUAAAAGGUUCCCGAUCUCUUAAAUAAACUUAAUUUACAGGUCUAAUAAUAAUAUAUAAAAUCUUUUAUAUAUAAAUAUAAAUUCAUGAAAUAUAUAUAUUCCCCCAGUAAAGCAUUUCAUUUUGAUUGAGAUAUACAGGAUGUGUGACUGUAUUGCAUCAGAGAUGUCACUAUUCACUACUGAUUGGUUCAGUAUCAGUUUGCGAUCUAACCCAGAAUAAAAAGGCUCAGGAACAGGAAAAAAAUUCUUAACAUAAUUGGUCACCCUCUGGGGUCGACGGACGCAUCCUGCUGGAUUUUUCAUCAUUAUAGCGCUAACAGCUUAAAAUACUUUGUAAUUUUUGGGCAUACAGAUAAGUGUAAGACAUCAUUAGAGACUAUAAAGGGUCUACCUUUAUUUGUGUACACUCACAAUAACAACAAAACCUUGUGCUUUUGUAAAAUAAAGAAAAUAAAAAGGGUGAGCUUUCAGCAGUCUCUUAGUCCGCGAGCAUAUUUCUGAAACACGUCUCAAAAAUGAACUGAAACUCCACGAAUACUUAUCACACAAACAUGAAACAUAUGUCUAAAGAAAGCUUAAAAUGUCUACAUUUUAAUAAAAUAAUUCAAAUUUAAAACAAAUAUUCUCCUGCAAUGUAAUCUGUAAGACACUAAGCGAUGUACAGUUUUCCUGGCUCAGAAAAUUAUCCCUAAUGUGAUCACACCCACAGGCAGAGGGCGCUAUUCUUACGGUAAUGUGCUUGGAUGAUCAAAGCAAAUAUAAAACGCCCCCAACUGUGUCUUAAAAACAUCAAGUUCAUUCACUUUUCUGCACGUUUGGAAGAUGGCGCUAAACGUUUGUAUUUUGAAGAGUGACUUGAUCCUGCCGAGGAUACAAUUUCGGAUGAGUAAGUAAUUUAGUUUUACUUGCAUUAGUUGACAUGCUAUUUUAUAGAAACAUGUAAAUAUUUUACUAGUGGGACUGUUUCCAGACUUGCCAGCCAGGAUUCAGAGUUUUCAAAUUUGAAAUAUGUCCUAAUAAGCAAGUUUUAGUUACAUUUAAAUGUUGUUUCGGCUAAAGCAGGUAUUUAAAUUGUAUGCUGUAUGAUAGUGUUGUCAAAAAUACCGGUACUCCGGUACCAAGUCGGUACUCAAACAAUAAAAUUUUUACGACACCAGAAUUUCUGAAGGUACCGAGUACCGGGUCUAACCCAAUCAGAGUCGGGAACUUUCGAAUGCUCACAACAAGUAAAAGAUGAGGACAAGCAAAGCUGCUGCGGAGUCUCAACUGAAUCAUAUCGAAAAGAAAAGUGGAAAAAGCCAAAUUCUUUGGAUUUGAGGCUGAUGAAAAGGGAAACAUCAUAGAUCAGCAUAAACCUAUUUGUAAACACUGCUUUCGCAAUUUUCUGAUGAAAGGAGGAAACACAUCAAACUUAAUAAAGCACCUGAAAGACAGAUGCCCUGAUUUAUUCAAACAAAUAAAGCAGGUGAGUUUAAAAGCAUAUUAUCAUUUGCAUUAGGGCUGAAACGUUUAGUCGACAUUAUCGACAACGUUGAAAAUAAAAAAUUGUCGAGAAAAAUUGUCAUUGUCUAAAAAUCGUUUGAUCUCAUUUAAUGUAACAUGAAAUCACAUUCAACUGUAAUAAUGAAGCGAGAGAGCAGCACUGCAGUUCACGCCUGACGGAGGAGAAGAAUUACACAGAUCACAGUCCAGAUGCACUCUAAACUUUCACAGAUUCAUCUUAUGUAGAUCCCAAAGUAUUAGGGAAUUAUUAAAAAAAAGAAAGGAUUCAGAAGCACUCUCGUUGUGGAAUAAGUGGAGCCGGAGCUCUUUAAAGGAAACCUGAGUUACAUCUUAAAUUUAAUGCGUUAUAGCUGUAUUAAAGUUCAAAUAAUACAGAAGCAGCUCAUGUAAUAACUAUAAACUCAGAAACAGGCAUUUCUGUGUGGUCGGUGCCUCUUCAAUGAGUUGUGCGAAUGUCCCGAUCUAAGGGGGAGAGAUUGAAACUGCACCCGGCUGAGAGAGACUACGCUUUGGGGAACUCAUCCCUCACGCGCGCACGCUUAAUGCAGCUAGAUUAGAACGUGAUUGCUCGCGACUUAUUUAAUCAUAAUAUAGUUCACUACGCAUUUAUUAUCGCUAAGAAAAUUGGCAAUAUGCAGCUUUAUUAAUACGAGAUCACUUUGCACAUUAGUUUGGAAAUUGUUUUUUAUUCAUUCUAUUGUAUGCUUGUUUAUUUCGUUUUUUUUUAGUACUUUAAAUCUUAUGUGUUCAAAAAUACUUUAAAGCAUACAUUGUACAGUUUUGUUAUAAUUCAAAAAUAAUAUAUUUAAAUUAAAGUGUUGCUCAAUGGCAUAUUUCUGUUCUUAGUUCUGCUGCUAAUGUUUUGCAGACUUUGUUAAUAAAAGAGUUUUGUUCAGUAACCUGUUUUUGUGUUUUGCUUUGGUACCGAAAAUGGUAUCGAGUACCGUGAAAUUUCACUGGUAUUGGUACAGGUAUUGGAAAUGUUGGUACCGUGACAACACUAGGAUGAUAUAAAUAUGAUAUGUAAUAUGAUAUAAAAUUAUAUGAAUGUUUAGAAUAUAUUUUAUCUAGUGUUAAUAAUGCCUCAUUAUCAUCAACAAAGCUUGUGCUUGCAAAUAUGUGUUCAGGUUAAAGGAGUAAAAUGCACUUUAAAAAUGCCCAUAUUAGAAAAUCACCAUCUUAUAAUGAUUUCUGAAGGAUCAUGUGACACUGAAGACUGCAGUAAUGAUGCUGAAAAUUCAGCUUUGAUCUCAAAUUGCAUUUUACAAAAUAUUCAAAUAGAAAACGGUUCUUUUAAAUUGUAAAAAGAGUUCACAAUAUCGCUGUUUUUACUGUAUUUUAGAUCAAAUAAAUGUACAUUUAUGCAUUUGGCAGAUGCUUUUAUCCAAAGCGACUUGCAGAGCCCUUAUUACAGGGACAAUCCCCCCGGAGCAACCUGGAGUUAAGGGCCUUGCUCAAGGACACAAUGGUGAUGGCUGUGGAGAUCGAACCAGCAACCUUCUGAUUAACAGUUUACCAGUUAUGUAGUUUAGACCACUACACCACCACCACCGCUCCAUAUGCAAUCUUGGUGAGCAGAAGAGACUUCUUUUAAACGGUAGUGUAGGUCUAAAAUUAAGUAAAGUCUUUAUGUAAAGAAAAUGUAUAGUCAGAUUACUUAUUUUAACUUAAAACUUGAUUUUGAUUAUUUAGUCUCCUCACAUUCAUUCUCUUUCUGUCACAUCCCUCAUUCAUAGGCCCAGGGGAGGGGUAUUUUGUCUCCUCAGGUGUGAAUCACAUCAAUAUUCAUGAUAGUUCCUUGCAUAUGACAUUUCUAACACUAAAAGUGUCUUACAAAAGUUAUAGUACUAUAUUGUUUUGUAUGAAUGAGUGAUCAGGAUGGGUUUCACAUCAUUUUGUAGCAAAAACUCUAGACUACAAGAUCCAGUUCUCAAAAGGCUUGUGGACAAAUGUUUAGUAUGUGUUAUAUGGCCUUAUACAAUGACUUAACAUUUUUGUUUUUUCAAAAACCAUAUAUAAACGCCGUUUUCUCAAAAAUACAAACAUGUACACACACAUGUUGCUCACAUAUUAUUAAAGCAGUUAUUUUUGCUGAAUACAGUGUUCUCAGACUUGAGCCAUUAAUAUGUUCUCAGUAACUGAAAAAAGCACAAAUGUUAAGGCAUGUCAAAACUUCUCCAGGGCCCAAAACACCCUCAGACCUCAGUGGUUUAAGAAACUUCAAAACAACAUGUAAUGUUUGAAUUUUGUGAUAACAUUUACAUGGUUUACAAGUUGAAAAUAAA